AUGGCCCGCCGUAUCGUGAUCUCGCAUGAUGUUAGAUUCCCCGACUCCGUCGCCAUCUGGUGCUGGUCCCAACUCUGUCCGAAACUCGGAGCUCUGCGCAAGCAGUCCUGCGCCGAGAGGACUUUGGCCCGCGAUUAUCUGCCAAGGGCUCGCGAGACGGCGAUCCUACGAGGCGGUGUGGCUAUAGGGCAUUCUCCUUGCUGGCGCGAAGAUGAACAGGUCAAAACAAUAGUUUGCGGAUUCAGGGUUGCCGAGCCUUGGCUUCUUUUUCCACUGACUCCUCUACUUGUGCUUGGCGGGAGGUGGGUUCAUGACGGUCGAAAUGACCACAUCGUGCAGGUGCGGGCCGGGUCUUUGAUCCAUGGCUGGCCCGAGCUGCACACGUGCACAGGUUGA